UAAAAGCAAAUUGUAAAUUAGAACUUCUAUGUAUUGGUGGAUUAAAACGGUAUAAGCCAAUUUCUGAUCAGACGAUAUCUACAAUAGCCCACUCAUGUCCUAAUCUUCGCCACCUUUCUUUAACAGGUUGCCAUAACAUCACUGACAAUUCGGUUAAUAAAUUGUUGCAACAUAUUCAUAAUCUAGAAUACCUCGAACUUGAUCAAUGUAGAUUUAUUACUAAUUCAUCUAUCCGUGGUGUCACUAACUCUUGCCCAAAUCUCGAACAUCUUGACAUCGGUGCCUGUGAUGCUUCCGAAACAUCCAUCUGUAAUAUUGUACAUUCGUGUAAAAAAUUAAAGUACCUUAAUAUCAGGUGUUGCCGUCUUGUUACUGAUAAUGUUAUUGAUGAAAUUGUACAGCAUUGUUCAAACUUGGAAUAUCUUUCUAUAGUAGGCACAAACGUUAGUAAAGAUGCGUUGAGUAAACUUAGUUCAAAAAUUAAGAUAAAACAAGAUUCAACUCUUGAAAUGAAGCCAGAAGAAGAACUUAAUGAUCUCCGGACAUCACUUGUUAAUUUAGCACAGAAUUUAUGGUUAACCUAUGCGAACCUCGAAGAUAUUGUACAAUACUGCGAAGACAAGAUUAAAGAUGAACAUUAUCAAAAAUCAAUUGUGGAAUUGGAACGGGAUAUGAGAGGUACGGCUGAAAGUCUCAGUUUGAUGGUACGUAUGUAUGGCCUUAAAGAGAAAAUUAAUUAUCAGCCUACAAAGCUGGAAUAUGACACUAAUUAUGCUAUUACUGAACCAAUGGGUCGAGCAAGCCUAUUUAAUAAAUUAAUUCGUUCUGGAUCAGUCAAUUCUGAUGAUACUCUAAUUGCAUUAAUUAAAUCCGUUCUGUUUAAUGUAUCGGUAAAGAUAACACUUCGAGUUACCCUUAAUGG